ACUGCGGAAAAGACCACGCAUGAUCUUCGAGGAGUGGUUUACUUCAAAUGCGAUAGAACUAUCAGAGUGAUGCGAUAAGUUAACGUUAACAACAGUUAGAUCUGUGAAUGACAUCUGGACAUGGACAUGGACGAUACGGAGUACAACGCACCUGGCAUGCGUUUUGGUAGCUAUUAUAAUAAACUAUGCUCGCUAACGCCAUCAGACCCAAGCUUCAAAACAGAGAUCAACCUCUUGCUGGAUGAACUUAUUUCCGAAAACUACAGUAACAGCACGACAAAAGACGGCGACAUGCAGGAUGUCUGCAGACUGCUGUUGAAAGCAAGUCAGUUGAUUCCGUUCAGCCUGGAGCACCUCGUUCUUAAGCUUUGCCAACUUGUUAUUCAACUACUCAAUCAAUUACAGGUAUUUCUGGAUGCUCAGAGCCACAACUGUAUCGUGUCCUACUACAUCCAGGCCCUGCAUGCUUGCAGCUCGUGGACGCACGCUGACAUCCUUUUGGCACUUUCACUGUUAGUCAGUGGCAAUGUGACAAAUUUUCAGCAGCAUCUUCCAAGUCUCUUUGACCCGAAAGGAAUUCUAAUGACGUACAGCGCAUCGAGUCAACCAGACCUGGAGUUGCGCUGUGCUGCCAUCCACUGCAUGGCCAGUCUGUGCCUUGGGGCUCCUGGGCAGGCAUGUCUUGAACAGCCUUAUCGUGAAAUAUGUUUCAGGGCAUUUUUGCAGACACUGCAGUCUCUCAAACCCCAACGAGCUGAAGAGCUUGUCUUCUGCACAUUGGUGCAGAAUGCACUGAAAGGCAUGCAACAUUUCCUAAAUGGAGUGAAGUGGAAGCCCCAACAUGGGGAAGACCUGGGAAGUCUCCUCGCUGUACUUAAGAAAUGCAUGUUCCAUGGGCUACAGGGCAUGCCUGCGGAGAUGCCCAAAGUGCUUUACCCUGCCCCUUUACCUCAGUAUGAUGUUCCCAUGACGGCGCCACCGAAAGUUUCAGAGGAGACUGCACCAGCAAGAUCAGCUGGGAGCAAGAAGAAAAAGCCUCGUGGCAGCGCUAAGAAGGCGGAAACGGAGGGAAGACGAGUGGAGAAGAAGAACACUGGAGACGAACCCGAGAAGCUGAGACAAGGUGGUUGUCAUGGAAAUCUGAGAGAAGAUAAGGACAGCUGGUCUCUCAAGCCACAUCACCCACAAAUGCUGCUCGGGGGCAACCCAUUCUGCCAACCCUCUUGGAGAAGUUCAGAGUCAGAGUUCUCUGACACUGAAGGAGGCUUUAACGCAAAACUAAGGCUAUACCAGAUGCGCAUACGCCAGGGCUCUCUUCACUGUUUCCUGUCUCUGAUAAAGUGUGUGGACAAACGUCUUCUGUUUGGUUACUGGUCUGCAUUCGUUCCUGGUGCCCCUUCCAUUGGUGGACCCCCAUCCCUCUCACUACUUACAGUUGCUCUGAAAGACCCAUCACCAAAGGUGCGUGCCGGAUCACUUCAGGUGUUAUCAGCUUUUCUGGAAGGAUCGCGACUCUUUUUGUCUGCAGCAGAAGACAUCAACACUCCUCGCCAGGCCUUUACGUCCUUCUCUGCAACUCUUGCAUUCAGUCUACGAGAGCUGCAUCGUAGUUUGUUGCUUGCAUUGAUGGCAGAAUCUUCACCGCAAACCCUUACUCAAGUUAUAAAGUGCCUGGCUCACUUGGUGUGCAACACACCGUACCAUCGCCUGCAGCCUGGACUGUUGGGCCCUGUUUGGAAACAAAUUCAGCAAUACAUUCGUCAUAGAGACGUGAAUGUACGUGUUUCCAGUCUGACUCUCUUGGGGACAAUGGUGUCGGCCCAGGCGCCUCUGCCAGAGAUCCAGCAACUUCUUGAACAGCCAGCAAAGACAGCUGGUAAUGACGCGGUGGGGGAGUCGAUGGCAACAUGCGAGGAGCACAUGUCUCACAACUGGAGACAGCAGCAGCAGCAGCAGCAGUGUUGUGCACUUGAAGAAGCCCGCCAUCAUUGGCUCUGCGGGGAGGAAGGAGUGCGCUGGCUACUGAGGCUGUGCGUGUGUCUGGUUACCCAGCCGAGGGAAGGUCAAACAACUCGCCACGAGGGUAGUGAUGACAAAAAUCACCUUUCUCCCAAUCUUCUGGAGCCACCGCCUGUGAAACUGGAAGCACUACAGGUUUUAGCUCACUUGGUGAAGGGAUAUUUCAGUCUUCUACAAGAUUGGCUUCUUGAGUUGUAUCAGGUCAGUGCCUGUUGUCUGAGGGAACAGGAUCCGUCUAUGCAGCUACACGGAACAAAGCUAUUGGAGGAAUUGGGAACUGCCAUCAUUCAGCAAUACCGGACAGCUGAAAAAACAAAACUUGUUCCUCUCUGUAAGGUAAUACAGUUUUGGUCAGAUGUGCUGAGUGGACCAUUAACGACAGCUUUGCAGAAUGAGCAGCAUCCCACUCUUCAGACCAGCGCGUGUGACACCCUCUCCUCCAUAUUGCCACAAGCCUUCAGGAUGCUUCAGGAGAAAACUCAGAUGUUGUGUGUGACGGUGUUACUGGGUCUGACGUACAGCGAUAAUUCCCUGGUGAAGGCUGCCUCCGUCAGAGCCCUGGGAGUCUACAUCCUUUUUCCUGGUCUUUCCGAGGAUGUAAACUUCAUGGUGGACAGCGCUGGUGUUAUUAUGACUGCCCUCGAGGAUCAUUCUCCAAACGUCCGUGCAAAAGCGGCCUGGUCCCUAGGAAACCUCACUGACGCAAUCAUUGUCAAUAUGGAAUGUGUAACGAGUGACCUUCUGGCAGAGUUAUCAAGUGGGCUUUUUCUAAAACUGGUGAAGGCUUCUAUCCAAGCAGCCAAGGACAAGGAUCGGAUUAAGAGCAAUGCAGUCAGGGCGCUUGGCAACCUGCUGCAUCUGGUGCAGCCUCACCAACUCCAAGAGCCUGGCUUUGAGGAGCUCCUAGACCGUGCCAUGUGUGUCCUUGUGGAUACCGUGCAAAGUGACGCCACCAUGAAAGUUCGCUGGAACGCUUGCUACGCUCUUGGAAAUGCUUUCAAAAAUUCUGCAUUGCCCCUGGGCACUGCAAGCUGGGCAGCGAAGGCUUAUACCGCCUUAUCUUGCGCUGUGGUUUCCUGUAAGAACUUCAAGGUUCGCAUUAAAUCUGCUGCGGCCCUGGCAAUGCCCUCCUCCCGCGCCCAGUACGGUGACGCCUGCCAGUUUGCUCAGGUCUGGACGGCCACGGUAACGGCACUGGAGAAUAGUACUGAGGGAGCUGAUUUCCUGGAGUUCCGCUACCACACCAGUCUGUGCGACCAGCUCUGUCAGACGUUGCUUCAUCUGCUCUGUCUCUGCCAGCCGCAGGACCUGCAGGCUGUACAAGGAAGCGUUGAAGUCCACAGCUCCCUUCUCACAGGUUUUCUGGUCAGCUAUCUUGAGGAGAGCGUGUCGGCCGCAGGGAAAGGUGAGCAAGAUGACGACGACGGAAGCAAUAGCAGACUGUCCCACGAUAGGAUGAAGGAAAUGGCAGACGCAGUAAGUGCAUUGAAAGGUCUGUCUGAAGACCAUGCGGAAUGGAGUGCCACCAGCGCAUGCGUUGUUAUCAUGUUUUUGGACGAGGUCCUGAGGAAUCACAAGCAGACAAAUGUAACUCUAUGAACUCUUUACAAAAAAAUAUGUACCGAUCAAAACACGGAACUCUUUUUUUUUGUGAGUCAUUUUAUCCUUAAGCCUUUUGUAUGCCUUUCAUUUUGUAAUGUGUACUGUUAAAUAAAGAUUUUGAAGAGUUUUGUGUGACAAGUCUUCUGCAUUUCAUAAGCAGUUGAUUUCCUUCCGGAAACAUACUUAUGGUUAUGUCUGAAACUAAGUUCUAAAACUCUGGAGAAGUAAUUCUAAAUGCUUUUGCAAAUAUUGUAAACACGAAAUACAUACAGAUGUUUUGCACACAUUAAUAAAAUCUGCCAAAAGAGAAAAUU